GUGAGCCCGCAGCGCAAGCAUCCCGUCAGUCAAUGCUUUGUGUCCUCACACCCACCUGCCUACGGUUUGUCGCAUCACCUUUCUUGUCCUUUGACUCACUUAUAGCUCAAUAGAGCUGUUUGUUCCCACGAUACAUCUCCUCUUCACCACCCAUUCAUUCCUCGCCCUCCUGCUCUCGCAAGCGGCAGUUCCUGCCCUCGUUGCGUUGGCCGGAUGGCUAUGAGUUGACCUUGACUUCUCCACGCAUCGCGCUCAAUUUUGUUUCCCUCAUAUACCGCCUGUCCUCAGCGAUUGCCUUGAGCAAGCGGCAGCAAGAUCUCCGCCAUCAUGUCGUUACCACCGGACGUUCGCCAAAAGUACAUCACCAUCAUCGACUCAAUCCUUGACGGCGCCGAUCUCACCACAAUUACAAGAAAAGAUAUCCUAAAGGGAAUCCAGGACAAAGUCCAAUACGAUAUCACUCCGCAGAAGGCAGUAAUUAAAGUCGUGAUCAAUGAAAGAUUCGAUGUCAUCAGUUCGAAAGAGAAUGGUGACGCCGCAGUCAUUCCUUCGGUCGAGCAGGCAGAACCUACCCAGAAAACGAAUGGUGUCCACACUCAGUCACCCUCAAGCUCGCCCGCAAAGAGAGAAGCCCAAACCGAAAGCGACUCGGACGUCAUAGACACGCCGCGGCCCAAGAAGAAGCGCAAAGCCAGCCUUGACGCCGAUGCAGCUUAUGCCGCUCGUCUGCAAGCCGAAGAAGAUGCUCGUGCUCGUCCCACGAGAGGUGGUACAACUCGGAAAUCGGCACCAGCCAAGAGAAAGAAGAAAGUCAAGAAGGAUAGAGUGACUGGGUCUGAUGAUUCCGACAUCGACGACGAGGAACACAAAGCCCAGAAGCCAAAGCGUAAUACUGGAUUCCAUAAACCGCUCAAUCUAUCUCCGGCUUUGUCAGGUCUUCUGGAUGGCGAGACGCAGCUGUCACGUCCUGAGACCACCAAGCGGCUGUGGGCCUAUAUCAAAGCGAACAACCUCCAAGACCCAAGUGACAAGCGAUUCAUCCUCUGCGAUUCAAAAAUGAGGGAAGUCUUCCGACAAGACAAGGUGCAUAUGUUCACCAUGACCAAAUUGGUCUCUCAACAAAUGUACAAUCCUGAAGAAUGAGCUUGACAGUUGGUAAAAGAACGAGAUGGACAGAGCUUGCGACAGCAUACAGGCUAUCUCUGUGGGUGGUUCAUUCGAUGGAUGCGUUACGGCACGAAAAUUACAGCGACGAUGGCGUUGCCUUACAAUAUGGCUGGCUGGAAUAAAACUCUCAUGGCUCUUCUUGGGAUGAAAGGGCCUAGAUCAACUCUUCGUGAUAAUCAGGAACUAUCGGGCUAGAAUCAAUGUCAAAUGGCGGAUGCAUUUCCAUCUCGCCCCAAUGCGUUCAGGAGGGUCAGCCUUGCUGACUAAGGGCGGCCAGAG